CAACCAUGACGGUCUCGACGCUACUCCCCGGUUCCCCUGUGGAAUCGGUGAAGCAGGCCGUCCGCUCAACCUCAACAUGUUCUCACGGCACCGUGUUGUCCCUCCAAACACUCUUCCGCGGUUCAUCGAAAUCGCCUCUGGACGGUGAAAGUGCAACAGUGAAACGGGUAGGCAGGACGGCAAAAGCUUCCUCGACUGCGGCGAGUCGAACAAGGGCAACAAGAGGAACAAGAACGACAGUAUCUGCGGCAGAGGCAACUUUAAACACAGUGAUCGAACAGGAUGCUGCGCGUCUAUCGAAUCAAGAAAAGCUCGUCCUCGCCACGGAGGUCUUCAACUCGACUCUGAAAACUCUCUCGGAAGCAAUGAAGUUACAUUCGGCCAAACGUGGUGACAUUCGCACCUCCUCGGCUAGUACCCCUCGGGAAUCGCCUUCGCCCACCCGUGUCGCGAAAUCACCCAGAAAGUCGAAGAUGUCCCUACAGAAUACUACAACAACAGACAAUGGAAUAUUAGCGGUGGCAGAGUGUGCAGCAAUGUCUCUGUCAUGCUUGAGGACAUUGAAAGGGGACCAGGAGAAAGGAGUACCUAACAUGCAACUUGAACAGGGCGCAUGUAUACUAGCAGGAAGAUAUCUCUCGUUAGGCCUUGGUGAUAUGGCUUACAAGGAACUCAGGGCGUUGAAAAAAAGGAUUCAACAAUAUCUCGACAGCCAAGCUACAGGUGGGAAGAAAGUCGCAAGUCGGAAAGGGAGCCCAGUUGAACAAGAUGGGGAAUCGACAAAGGAAAGGAUUUCUGACCUCCUCACUUUCUCUCACAUUAGCCUAGCAACGCCUCUGCAUGGGCUUCUUGUUUCUUACCAGUCAAAUGCUCUUCGUCUCAUAUCCUCGGAAAAGAAGCCUGCGACUGUGCACAAUGUGGCAUCUUCAUUACAAUUGUCGGACCCUAGUAGCCCGGCGAAUGUGACCCUGGCUGCACUCGAAUCAGGAGCCCUCACCAAGGACAAGGCCGCAAUUCAACUUCAACUUCUGUCGAACACAGUGCUUUCCUUAUCCUCUAAUUCUCAACAAACUGCAACGAACAAAAUCAAGCCAACUACGUCACUCUCCCUUCAACUACUUUCGCUGGAAAUUCGUUGCAUGUCCUGGAAAAUCUCCGGACAUAUCUGUGAUGAUGCUAAAGAGAUGUGGGAUCCUUUGGCGCGUUACGUCGCCAGCUAUGCUCACCAGAGCAAAGGUAUCACAAGAUCCGAGUUCGCCUCCAUCUACAAAACCAUUGUUCGAUUGCAAUCAGUUUUCACCGGCGUACAAAAACGCUCCUCGACUACGAUGAACGAUAAUAUCUCUGUUGCAAGGAUUGCAACCAUAUUGGGACAGCUUGCUCAGGAGGCAGGAUGCUUUGAUGAAGCUUUGCAAUUAUUCACGGAAUCUCUAGGCCCGCUUUCUAACGGACAGUGCCUUGCCCUGGCCACCGUCCGCUGCAAAAUCGCUUCCCUUCAUCUACUGGCCUUGAAGCAGGCUACAAAAUAUUCUUCCGGGCUCGCCAACGCGAUGAAGGAAGCCACCAAUGUGCUAUGUAUGCCACUCAAGGGUAGCGCAAAUGACCUCGACGAAUUAUUGGUUGAAGCAGCAAAAUUGAAGAAACUCGCGAUGGGCUUGUUCGGGGAUAUUGUUUCCAAGGAGAAAAGCCUGAAGGAGGAGGAUGUCCCUUAUCGAAUCUAUGGAUAUUUGAAUGGUUUUGUGCGGUUUUUAAGACGAUACCUUGGACGCAAACCUGUUGAGGAUGAAGGGAAAGAAUCAGAGUCUUUUCAAAAGCGUGUUACUGCGACCCGGAAUAUUGCGCUUGCAGCCAUUGAUUCUGUUAAUGCUAUUGGAAGACUAUCCAUCUUAUCGCAGAGACCCCCAUGGGAGGAAAUGCAGUCAACAUUGAUUGACAGCCAACGCCUUCUCAUGACGAUGGAAUCAGCCGAAGAACCCUCCGACCCUUCGAAUUCUGAGAGCAUUGGCCUUGGCUUCGUCAAAUUGUCCAAUCUAUUUUGGUCUCGGUAUAUUAAAGAGAGGGAGUGUGGUAAAGGCUAUCGUGAGCUUGUGCCUUUGCUGAAGCAGGCCGCCGUUCUUCUGUCGAAUUGCUCGCCCUCCCAGAAAAUCGCGGGAUUCACGCCUCUCAAAUAUGAGAAGCUUGCGCACCUUUACUUAGAGGCCAAUCUGGCCCGCGAGGCUGAACAGGCUUUCCAGCAAUCGAUUCAAGAGCAUUUACUGACAGGUACUCUCGACCAAGUCCUGUCUUCUACAGACGGCUGCUUCCCUCAUCGAAUGUCUCAGGAUCCGAAGAGCAGUGGCUUCAUGCUUGGCCGUGUUCUCUACGCUUUCCUCAAGAUGAAUCUGAGAAUCAAGUCGAUCAAGACUGGUGUCUAUGACGACGACAACCUUUCUGUUCUACAGCGUGGCCACCUCCUCGAAUGGCAGCUUGGAAUUAUGACGGAGCUGGCAUCCCAGGCCUCUAUUGAUAACUCGUUUCGGUGUACUUUUGGUCUGCUUCUGACGAAGCUUCUCGAUCUGUACUCCCCACAAGCCUUCCCGAUCCGACGCUUGCGGGCAGUGCUCACGAUAUUGCGCUUUUCGCUCGAAUAUCCGAACUCUUUAGAUUCGUCCUUGCUUCAAGAUGUCAUUCAGGCAGGCUUGAGCAAUGUUGAUGUCGAAGAGCUUGGGUAUGAUUCCGAGCUUUCUCCCCUUGUCGGUCAUUUGCAGAACUCGGUCAGACUUACACUGGGACUUCACGAAGGCAGUCUCCAGCCAAAGGACUUGGAGCAUGUUCUAACCUGGUGGAGUCUGAUGAUGCGAGAGUGUCAUGACUGGGAAACGAUUAUUGCAAACGUUGGAGAUGUGGACCACUUUCUACUUCAGAUGAAAGCAGUUGUCGAUUAUACGGAGAUCCAUGGACUAUGGAAACUCCAGCUUUCCACCCUCGAAUUGGUCUUGCGGGCCACGGAGCUUCGAGGAUCGAGCGACUUUUCUGAAACAAUAAUUGUUCUCUCACGACUGGCAGUUCAAUAUAGUCGCCUUGGAUAUUGUGCGAAGGCGGGCGAUCUUUUGAGCAGAGCGGACCAGUACAUCAACCAUGCUGAAAUCUCCUGCUUGGCAAUGCUGUCCCAUAAACUAGCGCGCGUGGGAUAUCUUCUGGAGACUGGGGAUGUUCAGAAAGCAGCAAGCACUCUCUCAACAGCACGAUCUUUGUAUGAGAAGAACCAGAAGAAGGAGGAUUUGAAUGCUUGCUCUGUUUUGUCGAAGCUUAUGUGGGAAAGGUUGGUGGCUGAUGCGGCAUUCAUGAACUCUCGGCUCUCUUUCGCGCAGGGCUCAAUCAAGGACGCUUUGUUCUUUGGUAAACUGUCUGUCAGACUGAAUUGCAGGAUUUGGGCAAAGAUCGAAAAGCUCGCCCAGAGAAAGCAAGACAAGAUCUCUCAAUCCGGCGAGAAUUCCGAACUUGAAACCGUCGUGGAAGGAAUGGCGAAACUCGAGGUUUCGCAAGCAAAUGCAACCAUUUCCGUGUAUUCUCAAGGAGCUCCCUUUUGGCCUCAUAUUGGUUCACAUCACAUGGCUUUGCUGAACCUUGCUAGCCUUUCUGCACACCACGGUCUAUUCCAGGAUGCCAUUUACUAUGGAGAACAGGCACUGAAGAUCAACAAGACAUUGAAUGCGAAUGUACGUUUGAUCGCGUCACAAGCACAGCUUGGCUCGCACUGGAUAUUUGGUGGGCAUAUCACGGAAGGCCAGGAGCUCCUUACAGCAGCAGAGUCAUUGUCAAAGCAACUCGACAACAGCAUUGAGCUUGUUUCGCUCCAGAUUGGCCUUGCUUCUCUACAUCGAGCGCAAGGCCAUUACCACGACGAGCAGCAGGCUCUCCUCGAAGCCGACAGGAUAAUGAUUGAGUGUGCCGCUUCUGAAACAUCGGAUAUCCUCUCGGGGGUUGCGGACCUUAAUGAUAAGUUGAAGAAGCUGCAAGUCCAGGGUACUGCUAGGAAAACGAGGCAGCGGGCGCCCACGACGACCCGCAGAACUCGCGCCGCAACCACCUCAAGCGCACCAAAAGUGUCGGGCGAGAGCUCCGAAUCGACAGAAACUGGCUCGAUGUCAAUACUUCAUCUGAGGAGUGACAUCCUCCGACAGCAAGCAGCCUGCCUGCGCUCACUGCGAGACUUUGAACAGGCAUCGUGCUUGUUAAGUGACGCACGCAAGUUCGCGACUUCUAGGGACAGUCAGAUUUCCUUGCAUAUCGGAGAGAGUGAGCAUCUGCUCGCCGAUGCCAUUCGGAAUUUUGCCAGCCACGCAGUUUACUGUGUCCUUCCUGAAUCAACUAUCUCGCUUCCCUCGUUGCAGUCACCGAGUAAGACGGCGACCCAAGUGAGCUCCAGUAAAACAGCUUCGACGCGAAGAACACGAGCCCCGACAAAAACCCCCACCAGAAGCACGCGCUCGAAAACACCAAAGCCCACUGAGGACUUUUCCGUGAUGUUAUCAAGAGCGAGCGAAAGCUUGAAGACCGUCUUCCCGCUUGCUACCACCCUCGGGUCUACCCUUGACAGCCAUGCUGCCUCUCGCCUAAUGAGUCGAAUUUCCAUGCUGACUCAUGUUACGGCGCUCGAGUGCCCUGGCUCCCUCUCUCAAUCCCCAGCAAACGUGAACGAGAUUGGCCGUAUUGGUGCUUUCACACGGGAGCAUGCUGCCAUCGCUCUUGAUAAGCAACUAGCGGAUUACUGCGACCCUCUACUUUGGCCAAGUGCUGAGACCGCGGUGGUUCCCGAAGACGAUCUCUGUUCGCGCUUUACCGAAGAAUACGUGGAGAUUCUGCCGGAGAACUGGAACGUUCUCUCUCUUUCCUUGAGCGCUGACCGCACCGAGUUCGUGGUCUCGCGUUUGCAAAAGGGCCGUUCACCAUUUCUUUUGCGCCUUCCUCUUAAACGGGGAAAUUCGGAAGAUGAAGACGAGCAAUACACAUUUGAGGAUGGCAGGGAUGACAUACAAGAGCUCAUCCGGCUGGCCAACGAAAGUGCGCAUGCAGCAAAACACCAAACCGAUCGACAGAUGAAGAAGGAUUGGUGGAAAAAUCGGGAAGCCCUGGACCAUCGGAUGGAGGCCCUGCUGCAACAUAUCGAAAAUGUCUGGUUCGGUGGAUUCCGCGGGAUCUUCUCUCCGGUGCCUCAUGAGACCCGCUCUCUUGCGCGGUUUGCCGACUCGUUCCAUAACAUUCUCGACAAGCAUCUUCCCUCACGUCGCAAGGGCAGCCGGGCAGGAAGCCCGCGAUUGACCCUUCAUCCGAACGUGCUGGAGCUGUUCAUCGGUGUCAAAGACUUGGAUGCUCAAGACGAUCCCGAGGAGACAUUAGUUGACCUUCUUUACUUCGUGGUAGAUAUUUUGCAGUUCCAAGGGGAGCGUAACGCGUACGACGAGAUCGAUUUCGACAUGAUGGUCGUGGAAACCCUUGACGCUCUGAGAGGUCAUCACGAUCGAGUCCGAAAAGAGCAGGGUAACCCAUCGCCGAACCACACUGUCCUGGUCCUGGACAAGUCAUUGCAUAUGUUCCCGUGGGAGUCUCUGCCGUGUCUCCAGGGAUUCCCCGUUUGCCGUGUGCCCUCCUUGGAAUGUCUUCGGGACCGAAUCCAGCGGUUCCGCGACGAAGGGGCGGAUAACGGGGUCGGCUUCCGUGUUGACCGCAAGAACGGCACCUAUAUUCUCAACCCCACGGGUGACCUGCAAACCACUCAGGGCACGUUCGAAAAGGACCUUGUGAAGUUGAAGUGGAGUGGAGUGGUGAACCGGGAACCGACGGAAGAGGAAUUCAAGAACGGGUUAGAGUCGAAGGACCUGUUUCUUUACUUCGGGCAUGGCAGUGGCGCGCAGUACUGCCGGGCCCGGACGAUCAAACGUCUGGACCGGUGCGCGAUCACUUUCCUGAUGGGUUGCAGCAGUGGUGCCUUGACGGAAGCCGGCGAGUACGAGCCGUACGGGACCCCGUUGAACUACCUGCAUGCUGGGAGCCCCGCGUUGGUGGCGACGCUGUGGGACGUGACGGACAAGGACAUUGACCGGUUUGCCAAGAGCACGCUUGAGAAAUGGGGCCUUGUUGGGAGCUUGGAGGGAGCCGUGGCCUUGGAUGAUGCGGUUUGCCAGUCGCGGCAAGCCUGUGUGUUGAAGUACUUGAAUGGAGCCGCGCCGGUGAUCUACGGAAUUCCCGCGGUGUUUUUGGCGUAAUAUCCUGGGAUGGCUGGGUAAUAGCAUUGGCGUUUUGGAUUCAAGAGUUACCUGUGGCAUAGCAUCGCGAGCUAGUUAGUUUGCAUCUUUUAAUAAUCCAUGCG